AUGGCGGUAAAGAGAUCUUCUAAGCUAACACAAACAGCAAUGCUAAAGCAAAUCCUCAAGAGAUGCUCAAGCUUAGGCAAGAAACAAUGUUAUGACGAAGAAGGUCUCCCUCUUGACGUACCAAAGGGACAUUUUCCGGUUUACGUAGGCGAAAAGCGUACGAGGUAUAUCGUACCAAUCUCCUUCUUGUCUCAUCCCGAAUUUCUCAUCCUUCUUCAACAAGCAGAGGAAGAGUUUGGUUUUCGCCACGACAUGGGAGGACUCACUAUCCCUUGUGAAGAAGUCGUUUUUCUCUCUUUAAUAUCUAUGAUCAGAUGA